UCCCGCCCGGCGUACGUUAGUGGUGUCGCCCUUGGUCGGCUCCCUAGGCGGGAGUGGCCGUUUUGGCGGGCAUUUGUGACGUCACUAGCCCUUGUGGCGCUGCUACGGCACCGCCGCCAAGUUUAGGCUUUAUGGCUGACCAGAGAGAGAGGAGCGGCGGACUCAGAGCGCCAGGAAGGCCUCGCGCGGACCCUCGACAACGGCGAAACGGAAGUCCCGCUCCAUCGCAGCGCUUCGUCCGGGCGGAAGCAGCGUUCUUCCUCGAGCGGUGGCCCGCGGGCUUUGCUGCCCUGAGCUAAGGGAGCAUCCUCACCUGGUGUUGAUGUUGAAUAUGCCUUAUUAGCAUAUUAAAAUGGCUGUACCCAAAGACGCCAUCCCUUCCUUGUCGGAAUGCCAGUGCCAGAUCUGUGUGGAAAUUCUAAUCGAGCCUGUAACACUGCCUUGUAACCACACGCUCUGUAAAUCAUGUUUCCAAUCAACUGUCGAAAAGGCAAAUUUGUGCUGUCCCUUCUGUCGCCGCCGGGUCUCUUCGUGGACUCGGUACCAUACCCGAAGAAAUUCUCUUGUCAAUAUGGAACUGUGGGAGAUAAUUCAAAAACACUAUCCAAAGGAAUGCAAGCUUAGAGCCUCUGGGCAGGAAUCAGAGGAAAUAGUUGAUGACUAUCAGCCAGUUCGCCUGUUAAGUAAACCUGGGGAAUUAAGAAGAGAAUAUGAAGAGGAGAUAAGCAAGGUGGAGGCAGAGCGACGAGCCAAUGAGGAAGAAGAAAACAAAGCCAGUGAAGAAUACAUUCAGAGAUUACUGGCAGAGGAGGAAGAAGAGGAAAAAAGGCAGGCAGAAAAAAGGCAGAGGGAGAUGGAAGAACAACUGAAAAGUGAUGAAGAGCUGGCAAGAAAGCUAAGCAUUAAUAUUAACAAUUUCUGUGAGGGAAGCAUCUUGGCUUCGCCCUUGAAUUUCAGAAAAUCUGAUCCAGUCACAACCAAACCACAAAAGAAAAGUAAGAACAAACAAAUAAACACUGGAGAUAUUCAGAAGUAUUUGUCACCUAAAUCUCAACUUGGGUCAGCAUCACAGUCUGAAGUUGCACAAGAAGACAGGAAAAACUCCAUGUCUAUGGAAACUGACAGCAGUGAUGUAAAUAGCCCUACAUGGCAAGACAUAGAAAUGGAGGAAGAUAUGCCAAUACUCUCUCCUCAGAUAUGCCUUGAAAUUCAAGAACAAUGUGCAAAAUCUUCAGUGGAGUCACCUAUGCCUCAGUUACGUGCCAGUGGUAGAGAAUGGUGCCUUGAAGGAAAAGUCGAAACAAGAUCAAGCAAUCAUGGUAAAGAAUUAUGUGUCAUAAAUCAUGAGGAACCUAAAGCCAGAGUUCCCUACUCUGGAGAAGCUGCAGAUGAACCUUGUGGCAAAACACAGAGUGGGUGUACUGUAUCUGAUAUGACACAGAUAAUUAGAAAUGACACAGCUGAGACAGAAAAUGAGGAGUCUCGCCUACUGAUCAAUAAAGAUAUCUCCAAAAGAAAAAACCAGGAAUCUUUGUUUGAAGGAGCCAGGGAUCCAUGCUUUUCUGCAAAAAGAAGAAAAAUGUUCCCCAAAGCUUCCUCAGACCAAGAGGACACAGAAAUCAACUUUACCCAAAAACUGAUAGAUUUGGAACAUCUACUUUUUGAGAGACAUAAACAAGAAGAACAGGACAGGUUAUUAGCAUUACAGCUUCAGAAAGAGGUGGAUCAAGAACGACUGAGGCCAAACCGGCAAAAAGGAUCCCCAGAUGAGUAUCAGUUACGUGCUACAUCCUCACCUCCAGACAGAUUACUAAACGGACAGAGGAAGAAUUCCAAAGAUAGGAACUUCAAAAGACAAACUGAUCUGGAGCAUCCAAAACCUCGGAGAGGCUCAAAAAAUGAAAAUUGGCAACCUUCUUUAAAGAUCCAGUUUAAACGUUCAGUUAAUGGAAAAAAGAUACCAAAUUCUACUAGAGAUGAUGGUAAUGUGCCUAAAACUGCUCAUUCCCUACAGCCUAGUAAGUCACAGAAAAGUAUUUUUCAGAUGUUUCAGAGAUACACAAAGUAAUGCAUGGGUAAAGGGAGUGUUUUAUAAUCUAGUAAAGCUGGAUUGUGAAGCUCUCUAUUGUAGAUUCUUAACUUUUUUUUAUUAAUUCUGCUCUGUGGGCACACUCAUUGUCCUCAAUUACAGGACAAUCCUUGUGAUUAUAAGGGAGAAAUAUAUGAAGGUAUUUCUGCCAAACUCAGUGGUAAGCAAGAAUCCCUCUCCUUUCCUUUUUUAGUAACUGUGAUGUACUAAGUUGACAGUCCUUAUGGAUAUAAAAAUGCCUUGGCUGACUCCCAAGAAAUCAUUUCCAUGCAUUUCCUAAAAAAUGCAUAAUCUAUGGCCUUUGCUCAACUUUUUGUCCUGCCUAGUAAUUAAAGCAACUUUAUAGUAUAACCAAGUAGUUAAGGAAUCCAGGCAGGGUUUAAAAUCUGUUUCUUGCAACUUUCCCAUGUAUUUGCAGAGCUCAUGAAAUGCAUCUUCCAUAACACUAAAGUAAUCUAAUUUCUAUUCCACUUUACUUUUUUAAGUAUUACAGCAUUUUCUUUGACUUAAAAUGGAUUUGGAUCAACAUGAAGUCAGAAGAAUCAGAGUUUUCUGGAAAAUUAGGGAUUAACUGACAGAAAUGAAGCGAGAUUCUUGAUACAAAAGGGCCUAAGAGUUGGGAUAAGGCUGAGUGGACUGGAUUGACAGUUUGGAAGCAUUGGAACUGAGUAGAUGAUCAGAUGACUGGGUCCAAAAUAGAGUAGCAUGUGUUGUUUGGCAAAGUCUUCUUCCUUGUCUUUCUUUGCUAAAUGACACAGAAAAUGUGAGUUUUUGCACCGUUGUAUCUAAUCUGCUAUUCAAGGGGAAAAAUGGGAAUUUACUGAGAGUUAUAUCACAGUAUCUACGUUGUACAACCUGACUAACCAUGUAUUUAUUUCCUUAUGUUAUCAUUUGUAUUGAUACUGACUUACUUGUGUUAUGGACAAAAAUAGAAAGUAUGAUACUUGAGUUUGGCCCUGUCUUACCCAUGAAAGUUAAAUUAGAAGGUAGUGAUUUCAUUUUGUGAAUUUAACUUAGAAACUAUUGAUCUUAUGUUUCAUUAAUGUGAACAACUUAGAGCAAACAAACAAUAGUUUUAACAGCAUUUCUUCUGAUGUCUAGUUAGCCAUCCUUUUAAGGUAAAUAACAAUAAAAUGUCCUAGAGGUAAAAAUUCAAGAUUAAAUUUAUCAGUAUUUCUAUACAUUAUUAAGGGUUUUUUUCCUCCAAUUUUGUAACUGAAAUCUGCAUACUUGACGGCAUCCACUUCAAUACUGAUUGGGUAAUUAUGGGUAGAAUUCUGAUGCUGAUUUAAAAUUUAGUUUGCCCUUUCUCAAAAGUGAUUGCCUUCUGAGUAAUGAUUGUGCUGAAAUGAAAUGUAGUUAGAAACUAAUCAAAUUUGUCUAAAAUAGACUAAAAUCUGUUUUUUCAUCAAACCAGUAUUUUUUAAGAGCAAUUUCACUUUACAGUUUAGGGUAGGCAUUGUUGUAAUGCCUCAAAUCAAAAGUUAUGUAAUUAAAUCUUCCUGGAAUAGUCUAUGACCAAAAAAGGAGGAAAAAUAGGGUAAUGUAUUUAGGAUUUACCUAUCUAACCACUUAUUUGUGAAGAAAUCUUUCUGACUAAAGUCGGUUUUAAGAUAAAGUUUAAUUUCUCAGUCGUUCUGAGAAAUUAUGCAUUUUUGUGAGAAACUAGUAAAUGUUUCGUGUCAGUCAUUAGAAUGUAUGGAUACUUCUCCCAUUUCUUUGGAAGGGAUAUGAGAGUGUUUAAUUUCUCAGGGAGUUCUAAAACUGCAGAGAUUGAGAAUCUGGAAAUUUAAAUAAUUAUUAAAAAUUUAAAUGGACUGUGGUUUACAACAGGUAAAAAUUAACACAUGAAAAUUAAAAGUUCUGCAUAACAAAAACUAUCAUAAAGGAAAAUUGAAAGACAUAAACUAGGGGAGAAAGAUGCAAUUCAUCACAAAGAGCUAAUUUCCUUUAUAAUAAAGUAUCUGCCAAUACGUUAAGAAAAAGACUAACAACCCAGAAGGAAAACUAGAGAAGUUUUUUCCCAAGAAACAUUGUUCAAGAAAAGGAAAUGUAAAUGGCUUUUAAAUGUGUUAAAAGAUGCAUGAUAUCACUUAUACUAAUGCUCAUAUAUUUUUCCACCUUUCAGAUUAGUAAAGAUAAAGGUGCUUUUUGGGGUCUGCUUUGAUACAUGUUUGUUUGUUUUAAUCUUGGCAAGAGUGUAGGGAAAUAGGCACUUCUAUAUGUUGCCUGGUAUGAAUAGAAAAUUUAAAAUUCCUAGAGAGGUAACCUUGGCAAUUCUUCCUCUAUUAAAGCUGUCUUCACAUAUAUGUAGAAUGGCACAAAAUACUUUUGUAUGGCAUUGUUUGUAAUAACAAGCUUAGCAACAACCUUAAUCAUAUCAAUACACACCAAAUAAAUGAUGGUACAAUGGAAUACUAUACUGCAAUUAAACAAACAAAAAACCUACUUUACUGAUGUGAAAAGAACUGUAAGAUACAGAGUAAACCAAAAAUACAAGCUGUAGAAUAGCAUAUAUAGUGAGCAACCAUUUGUCCAAAAAAAGAGAAAUAUAUGUAUGAACAAGAGAGACAGUGUUGCCAGUGGGGAGAGAAACUGGGUGACUGGGAGAUACAAAUGAAAGAAUGACUUUUUGCUAUUGUUCUUUUAUAUUUUUUGAAUUUUCAGUCAUAUUGAAUCUAUUGUAUCAGUCAAAAUUUAAAUGUUCUUAAAAUAUUGCAAGAUAAAGGAAACUUAUGCAUCUCAGCCUGCACCACUCUGGAUAGUCCUUUUUUGCCUUUAAAUUCUAAGAGUUGUAGUUCAGGAAGUUUUUUCAGUGUGAAAAAAUAAUUAGCACUGUGAAUUUUUGGAAAUAGUAUUAUAAAUGAAUUUGAAUAUAUUUGGCUUUAAUGUACUAUUUUAAAAUUAUUUGAAAAGCAAAUCUUAGGCUUUUCAGGUAGCAUUGCAGCAAACCUGUAGUCCUGCUGAAAAUAAUAAGAAAAGCCAGAUUUAAAAAAUGUAAAAUUUUCUACUUAAAAGCAUCGGAAAGCUACUGAAACAAUGCGGACUAAGUUGGCGCUAAGACUCUAGAGAGGGAAGACUUGAGAGGUGAACUGAUGUUUGCAACCACUUUUUCGCUCAUAGCAUGUGCCUACUCUGAAUGCAGGCUGAGAUUCAGGGCUGCUGCUGGUGAACAGAGAAACCGGCAGAGCUCUUGGCCAUCUCAUGAAGCUAGAGUGACACAAGGGUCAUCAAACACAAGGUUGGCUUUCCCAUAGAGAUAAUCACAGUUUUGAAACUGUUCAGAGCAGAGGCCAAAAGGCUGAAAACCUCUGAAAAGCAGAGAGGAGUUGUCAUCAGGUACAAGGUGCUAAUGAGACAAGAACAGUUCAGGUCCUACCAGGGAAAGGAAGCCUGUUGAACACACUAAGGCCUCAACUGAAAGCCCUAGCACAGAGGUGUGCAGACUAUGUCCCACAAGCCAAAUCUGCACGCUGACAAUUUUUGUAGGGCCUGUGAGCUAAGAAUGCUUUUAAAUGGCUCUUAGGUUCCUUAGUUCACAAAUAUUUAUUCCAUAAGGAAUUGAACUAUGGGACUAGUAAUUCGUGCAUAAGUUUUGGACCAUCAACACAACUAUAUGCUCCCCCUCAAAUUACUUUAAUUUGUAAAUGGGAAUCAGUGUAACUAACGGAGUCGCUAUCAAGAGUGAAGGAAAGUAAUACACAUUGAGCACCUGGUGCAGGCCGUGAUUCAAAAAUGAACUUUAAUAAGUGAUAGUUCUUUUCUCCUGGCUAUCCUGCAGCCUCAUCACUCCACCAGUCCCACUUUGAAGAGAGUUUCACUUUAUCCCGUGACUUUGUGCGACCAUAAGUACCCACAUACAGCGUCCAGUAAAUUGCAGUUACCUUCUGUCUACUCAUGGAGACUCCACUGACCUCUCUCCUGCCAGAUGUGUCCACAGCACCAUGUAACAAGAAACCCCUGCUCAUAAGUUCCUCUCUGUCACAGUUCCCAGAUGACAGGAGACUUUGGCCUCAGGAAACCAUUUCUUGGAAAUACCUUGUGGCUUCCUCAGAUUCCUAUACUGCUUCUAUACAUUUGGUGUACAUAAAGGUGUGUAAAAUACCACAAACUUUGAAAGGAGUUGAGCUACUACUGUAUGUUUACUUAUUUCUUAAUUCCUGUGUAAAGAUUAAUAAAGAAUCAUGACUUUAA